AUGGAGGUCAUUGCCACCUUGGUGGGAUUGGUCUUCGCAGUCCCGGGGCUGGACUUUGAGAAGCCGAUCGACCACUUCGAGGCUUUCAGUGGAUCUGCAGAGAGCAUGGCAGUGACCCGUGGGGAGUGGGAGGAAGGACGGCGUGCGGUGCCCUUUGACAUCAGCAUCAGUGAGGACAUGACCCUGCUGAGUGAUCAGGGUUUUGCCAACGCCCUCUUCCACUGCUGCAAUUUGAAGCCUGGGGCAGGACAUCUCUCGGCGCCUGUUUGCUCGACGUUUGUCCUUGUGUCACGUGGGAGCACACACCGCUCGCCGGCCAACCCUCUAGGCCGGAGGGACUCCAAUGCAGUUCGGCAGGGAACCAUUCUGGCUAACAGAGCCCUGGUGCUGCUGUUGAUCCUUGCUGCAAAAGCUGUAUGGACUGUCCUGGAACAACCAGCUACAAGUUGCAUGGAGUACUUGCCGCUCUUUCAGCAGUAUCUACGACUGGUUCCCAAUGUCAGGCUGUACAUGCGAAUGGGCGAUCAUGGAGGACCAACGCCAAAGCCUUCUCUUUUGUAUUCCAGCCAUCGGUGCAUUAAUGGCCUGAACGAUUUCAGGGUGCCUCCUCAACGCCGGCAAGUUGAGAUGACGGUGAAAUACGUCAACCGGGCUGGAGUUCGACGGUUCCAUGGUGGGCGAGACAUGAAAAAGAGCCAGAGCUACCCCAAACAGUUCGGCAUCUCGCUUGCAAAGCUGCGGACCUUGCAUGAGAAGGCCAAUAAGCGGCAAGCCAAGGUCCAGAUGCCUCGCCUCUUUCUUGGAGGAGAUGAGCGACUUUCUGCAGGGAAAGGUGGCCUGGGCGAUGAACAAGCUCUGAAGGAGAAGAAAAAGAAAGACCAGAAGAGCGACAGCAAGAACUCAGAGAGGAAGACAAAAGAUGAUAAGAAAACCAAGAUGGAAGCGCGGAAGGAGAAAGGUGGCAAGCGGCAGAAAGAAGAGAGCCGAGGCAGAUCUCGAGAGCGUGUGAAAAAGGCGAAGCCAUCUGAAAAAGCAGAGAAGCCACCGAAGAGUGGUGGUGAGGCAAGCCGUGAUGUGAAGAGAAAGCAAGAGAAAAGUGCGAAGAACAAGAGAGUGAGUUUCCCAACUGAAUCUUCUGAGCCAAGGUGGCCUGUGGGUGAGAAGAGGAAGGGCGCACUGAAGGAGGCAAAGACGCAUGAGGAGAAGAAAAGAAAGACAGCUGAGAAGGGUGAUGAGAAGGGUGAUGAAGAAAAGAAGGCAAGAAGAGAGAAGAAGGAACACUCAGCGAAGAAUGCAAAAGAGGAGGGCAAACAGAAGGUGAAAGAUAAGAAAAUCAAGGAGAAGGAAGAGAAAGCGGAGGUAAGAGACAAGGCCAAGAAUAAAGAGGAGAAAGAGAAGACAGAUAAGGGAAAGAUCAAGGAGAAAAAGAAUGCAAAGGAGGCAAGCAAGGAAGCCAAUGCACGUCCGGUAACACCAUGUGAGAAACCUUCAGUGCCAGCAACACCACAGCGUGAAGCUGUACUGUCAACACCUCCCACAGCAAAGCAAAAAGCUGAGGCAAAAUUGAAAGAGCUUGUGGAUGUGCUGGACAAUUUGCCUGAUGAUGAGGAACCAAACAGUGAGGACAGCCUGUCAGAGGCGUUGGGCGAUCAGAUGGAAAGCGACGAUGAUGGUGAGGAUGGAAGCCAACAGGAUGAGGAGAGCGAGAAUGAGGAGACAAAGCCUCAUGAAGAGGAGGGUGAAGGUGAAGAUGAAGGUGAGGGUGAGGCAAAGGAGGAGGAUGAUGAUGCAGAAGCAAACGAAAGCGGCGAAGAUGAUGCAGAAGAAGAAGAGGAGGAGGAGGAGGAAGAUGGAGAAGAAGCGGAGGAGGAAGGUGAACAUGAAGAAGAGGAAGGGGACGAGGAUGAGAAGACAACGCCCUGUCAUGCUCUUGUGCCUGUCACUAAGUCUACGUCCAUGGCCUCGGAGGACCUCAAGAAUAGCACAACGCACAAGAAAGAGUGGGACAAGUUCUGUCGUGAAGCACUCAACCGUGCCAAGUUCCCACAGGAAUUGUCAGAGUACUACGCCACAAAGAAGACGGAGCUAUUCAACAUAUGGAUGGACACUGGCAUGAGUUGGCAAUCUUGCAAAUUGCAUGUGGAACGUGACAUCACCCAACGGAACCGCACGACCAAGGGCUGGCAAGCAGUGCAGGGCAAAAUCCUGAGACAACAGUAUUCGGAGGAAAAGUUCAAGAAUCUCAUCGGUCGUCGAAAGGCGGCAGGAUUGUUUUACGAAGAUGAGGAUUUCCCCGGCGACGAUGAUGAGUCCUGGUUCUUCAUCAGGAUCGGGGAAAAAGUUCGAAGGGAUGAUGAAACUUCUGAAAAGAUGUCUUUGAAGGCCAAGUCAGAAGUGUCAGAGGAGCUUCGCCAAGCACUGACAGACCAAGACGAAGGAAUUCUCCGGCCUGGUGCACUUCCCAAAGUCUCAGCAGCAAAGCAGGGCAGCAAAGAACUCCUGGAUGCGCUCGGCAAGGUGGCAGCCCCAAAGAAGAAACCCAAGCCCGAGAAGCCGGUGGCUGAGGAUGCAACACCGCAAACCCUUGAGGAGAAGGUCAAGACAUGUAUGGGGGAACUGCUGCUCUGCCUUGACUUCGUCGAGGACCACGCAGGGAGCAAAGUGGAUCCACGGGAGCGAAGUGGCCUGAAGCGAAAGCGGGUAGCUUUGGAGAAUUACGAGGAUGUGGUUGAUGGCGCCAAGACCCGGGCAGUCCAGGUCCGCAGUGGGGUCGAGAGGAUCAUUGCUGACGUUUUCGCCUGGAGCAUCAAAUGCGCUUCUGAUGCGGUCGCUCCUGUGACGGGAUUUUAUGGAGAGGAGUUCCCCAAGCGAUCCUACAGAUAUCAAAUAAGAGGGCAGCAGCUUGCGAAGGGGUGGCGGGCUUGCUACUUCACAAUGAAAGCGGACUUGAAGGCAAGACACCAAAUGAACUUUUUUCAGGGGUGGUACCAGUGCAACUUGCUUUGCGACAGCUGUUUGGCGUGCUCUGGCCAGCAGUGCUGCGAUCGGAUGAACUACAGGAACUUUGGUACUUCAGAGGCAUGGUCAAUGACCUUUCUUAGCCAUGAGGACUACCUUAGGUUGGAAGGCGUACCUUCGCCGUGGAUAGCAGUUCCUGGUUUCAGACUUGAAACCGUCAGCUGGGAUCUUUUACACAACGUGUUCUUGGGAACAGGUCGUGACCUCGUUGCCAGCAGGAUUCGUGUUCUCAUCCGAGAAGGUUGCUAUGAUUCUUUGGGGUUGACCGAUCUCGAUCUAAUCCUCAGUGCUGUGCAUGAUGAAGUCAGCGAAACUUGCAAAAAACAUGGGUUCUAUGUGCCCGGAAAGCCUAUCUUGAGCGAGGCCAACACUGGUGGCUCUGACUACGCAGAAAUCGGCUCUCGGUUUAAAGCAGCGCAUGUGAAGGUGUUGAUCUGGUGGCUGACGAAGAAAACAAAGCAGGUGCUUGUAAGUUCAUGCCAAAACUUCUCAAAUCACCAAACCAUGAGUCUGCAAAACCAAUUUUAACUGUUCCACAUGUGAAGCAAGAACAAUUUUUCC